AUGAACUGCCGUGUCGUCCCUGAGUUUGUGAAGCACAUGAAGCGUGAUGCUUCAGGCGGCGGAUUUACCCACCUUGGCAAAGACGGUGUCUUACGUACUAUCUCAGGCAACUACGAAGUCCUUGAUGCCCGUGGCCUUAGUCCUGAGCAGAUCAAUGGCUUUCUAGAUGUCAUGCCAGCUGAGCUAGCACGACGAGAAGACUUUCGUGACGUUGAUGGUACAAAAGUGACCACUCAAGAAGGUCUAUUUAAUCCCGCACCUGGGGAUUCUGCCGAGUAA